AUGGCCUCCCCCGCCCCGGCGGCGCCCCCGGGGGCCCCGGGCGCAGGAGGGUCGGGAGGGGCAGAGGAGGACCUCGGUGGUGCGGCGGGAAGGAGGCGGCGGCCUCCUCUCUCUGCCGUCUCCGCCUUCAGCUGCAUCCCGGCCAGACGGGAAGGGCCUCCGGAGCUCAGCUAUUUCCACCGGGAGGCCAAGACAGGAGAUGUUUCCAUUUAUGAUUCCAUUUUUAAAAGACCAGAGGGUUACAACAAAAAUCUUCACCGAUGUGACAGAGAACAUGCAAAGAGUUGUGGUCUUAACAUUAAUGAGGAGGAAACGGCAAGACCUGUCGCUGUUUUGUCAUCUUCAGAGUAUGGGAGACGCAUAAAUAAGCCCAUAGAGCAGCCGAUCAGAGAUCAUGCAAGGAUCAAUCACGUGCAGGCAGAAUUCUACAGGAAAAAUGGCAUCACCUGUUUAUUGGAAAAACCUUCUCCAAACCUGGAUCCAUGCUAAACCUCCUGUACCUGUCAUUACCAGCAACAUUUAUGUGGAAAAAACACCACCCACCUCACAUCAAAAAAGCAAUACGGUGCUUUUGCCUUUUCCUCUACAUUUUAGUUAAUGGGAAUGAUUUGGAUUAAAAAAAAGAUGAAAUAGCAGCA